GCGCUAGUCUCUGCUCGAACGCGGCACGGACCGUGUCGAUCCGCUGCGAUGUGAACGCCUAAACCUAACAACUGUCUACAACGACAGCCUCUGUUGCGUGCAUCGACUUUAACUUUACUUUUGUGCUAUUCAUUAACUUUUUGAUAUUCCAUAUUAUUUGCAUCUGUUGCGUGGAAUAUACGUAAGUGACGUUUUGUGUCAUCAUUAACCUCGAUGCUCCGUAUUACUGACACGUCUUAGGACCGUAGUCUUAAGUGCCGUGUGACGAAAGUAGCAUUCCAGGAAUAAAAACACAUUACCCGACUCUAUUAUUUGGAUAUGGUCAAAAGAAGCGGUCAGCUGGGCAACUGUUCUGUGGCGACAUUGAUGGAGUUCCGCUUGGACAGCGCGGAGUACUGCCAGGCCCAACACAAAUAAAUUCGCGGGCGUCCCGUGAAGACGAGGUAGCGGGCUAGCGACAGGACCCAUGCUGCCGGGAGCGCAAGUUUCUCGCACCCCAAGCACUGCGAUAUACACCCAUCCAUUUUUACCUUAAAAUCGGAUCCUACUUUUAAUUGGAGCAUAUCAUUGCCGAAGUAAACGACUUAUGUUUUUUCGAAUAAUUUCUUAUUAAUUUCGAAUCCCAAUUCGUAAAUUUUGUUUGAUAAUCUUCGAAUGUGCUCAAGUGGUUGAAAGCGACAUCCAUGCGGGUGGUUCUAAUUAUAUAAUUGGACCCUUUUUAAAGAAAAGUCACGAAACUGGAGUGUGUUGUGUGGAAAUAGAGUGACAAUUUGUCUGUUAGACUCUGACGGAUCGCUACAACUUGACGCGUGUGAAUAAAUCUGCUACCUCGGUGCGGGAGUGGUGGUGAAUCUUCUUUGACUGUAGGAUCGUAAAGUAGCCAUCAUGAAGCAGAAGGACAUCAGGCCGGCGCCGUCUCUCAUUGAGUACAAGAACAUGCGCUUCCUCAUCACCGACCGACCAUCCGAUGUCACCAUCCAAGGCUACUUACAGGAGCUGAGGAAGCAUAACGUGUGCACCGUGGUCCGCGUGUGUGAGCCGAGCUAUGAUACAGCGCCGCUGAAGGCGGAGGGCAUCGAGGUGCGCGACCUGGCGUACGACGACGGGACCUUCCCGCCCGCCAACGUCGUCGACGACUGGUUCGAGAUCCUUCGCGAUAAAGCGGCGAACAAGCCGGAGGCGGCGGUGGCGGUGCACUGCGUGGCGGGACUGGGCCGCGCGCCCGUCAUGGUCGCCAUCGCGCUCAUCGAGCUCGGCAUGAAGUACGAGGAGGCCGUCGAGACCAUCCGAGACCAGCGUCGUGGUGCAAUCAACGCCAAGCAGCUCUCGUACUUGGAGAAGUACAGGCCGAAGUCGCGUCUCAAGAAGAACGGGCACAAGAACUCGUGUUGCGUGCAGUAGCGCGCGCGGCGAAUGUAGCUCUGCUUUCACACACACACUGACACAAGGAAGCCUAGACAACUAAACUAGUUAUAACUUUAACCCCCCUUUUCCAUUGCCUCUUUUCAGUCCACCCCCUUUUGAUUUCGCCAGAGGUUGCAACCAGAUUUUCAGUCAACUGUGGGCUUAGUCAUAACGCAUCUAGCAAUAUCGACAUAGCAUUGACAAUUGUCACACAAAUUAACUUGAAGACGAUUGAUAUCAGAAUCGCUUAACAAAUUGGUAUUUCAACUAGCAUUUUGUAUGAAGAAAACCUGUCGAAAGAUCUUGCAGAAGCUAAAGCCUCCUAGAAUAAACAUCUUUAUUAGAUAUGAAAUGAUUAGACAUGCUUUGUAUUUGUUGUUAUUGCUAUUGUUUGUCACUCAGCAGCAGUCAGUUUCAUACAUUUCAAUGUUCACUACUAACUUUGCCUAGCCCGCUGUGCUCGAUACAGACGCCUAACGUCCGAGCCAGAACUUGGUUCCAACCUCUGAUAUGUACACUCGGCAUAGUUAUUGGAGUAUUUUUAUUAAAUUUAUUUGAGAUCGUAUGCUGAUGUUUGAAUGUCCAAAGUAAAGGUGUAUAUCCCUCGUGCUGUACUUGUUCUAGCGGAAUACGUUAUUAAACGUGAGCCACGAUUUGUGUUCAUAGUUGAAACAGUUACUUGGGUACCUACAUACUUAAUCAUAAUAAAAUCCAAAGUCCAUAAUAAUUACCAUUGAGUCAGAGUCGCGCUUACUCCUUGAUUCUUUUUAUUUCGUAAUGUGUGUUGAAAUCAUGAUAUAUUUUUCCUAAAUAUUAUUUUCUUUGUAGAGAAGUUAUUACUAUCGAUAAGAAAAAUUGAGACAUAAUAGCAGGAAAUCUUGAUGGGUUUUGUGUUUCUAAGAUAAUAACUGUAUCGUCUGACUAAAGUAAUUUUAUUUUAAAUUCUUAUUUUAUUUAAUAUGAAAACGUGUAAGUUAUAUGAAUACACCGUUUAUAAUGAAUUUCACAAAUAUUUUACAACCUUUGACUAAAUAAGUAAAUUUCUAAUAAAUUGUAACCUGACACAAAAAGAUACAUGACUCACUAAAUGUUCCAAUGAAUAAAUAGCUCUUUGAUAUUAUUUUUCUAUUUCUAAUUUUAUGAAAAUACUAAUCGAAAUAUAUGAUUGUGUAACCACGGAACAGUCACACUCAUAAAUAAAAAUAUUUAUAAGCAAUUGAA